AUGGGGCUGGCGUACUACAUAGAACCAGAGAAAGCAGGAGGUGAAGAAGACGACAGCAAAAGAGUUCGUAGGGAAGAGGGACUAUUUGAAAGAGCAUACGACCCAUUGUUAGAUUCAGAAUCUGAGACCAUAAUUAUCUACUCAUUCUUUAGGGGAGAUGACCAUCUGACCCCGAUGGAAAAUUUUGAACUUUCCUUUGUGAUUAAUUCUUGGGACAUUCUUGUGGACGCUGUAGCCUACUUGAUUGAUGCUUUAGCCAGGGAAAGGUUUGCAGCGUCCAAGAAGGAGCUGGAUGCUCUCCUCUCGGACGAGAAACUUGAAAACGUCCCAUUUCUCAUUCUAGGAAACAAGAUUGACUUGGGUUAUGCUGCAUCAGAAGAGGAAUUGCUUCACUACCUUAGCCUUACAAAUUUCAUCAUUGGCAAAGGGAAAGUAAAUCUGGAUGUUGCUGAUAAUCGCCCCAUGGAAGCUUUCAUGUGCAGCAUUGCUCGAAAUAGGGGAUAUGCCGAUGGUUUUAAAUGA